AUGCCCGCCGGACCGUCACUGCGUUUCGUCACGGUGAAGAAGUCUAUCGCGACAUUGCCAGGCAGUUCCCUGAGAAGGGCUGAAGGCGAUGCCAUGAUGCACGUCGCACAGCGUGUUGACUCAAUACGAUGUCAGUCGAGGCAAACAGACAGCCAGCAAAACGGUGCACGGCAUAUGUGGCUCAGGAAAAGAGUAAAAUCAAACCGAGACGAAGCCCCAGGCACGCAUCUUGGCCUGGAGGGCGCUGAGACGUUGCAGGGUCCCCACGCCAGCGUCAACCUUAUCUCGGGGUUCUCCUCUCGCUCAUGA